CCGUGGGAGGAGCAGCGCGUGGGGCAGCGGGGAGCGAGUCCAUCCGUCUCCGCGAGUCGGCGCUUUUGUCCCCGCGGGAGGGGCCGGGCUUGGUGAGCGGCGGGCGGGGACUCGGGUCGGAGUCUAGGGGCGACGUGGGCCUUGGGCACUGCCAGCCCCGGGCCCUGCGUCCCUCUCGGGAGCCGCGUUUCCGUCCUUGAGGCCUCGGCUGUGUGCUCAGGUGAGAAAAGCAUCAUUCAAGCUCAGAUUCCUGCUGAAAGGAGCCACAAGGUCCACCUGUCGUCACUGACACGUGGGUUUCUGUGUGACCAGGAAUUCAGGAGUGGCUUGGCUGGAAGGCUCUGGCUGGAAACUUGCAGAAGGCUUUCAGCUGGGUCUGCAUCAUCCAAAGGCCCCACUGGUACUGGGGGCCCCUCCAUGGCCUGCAAGUCAGAGCUGGCUGUUGGUGGGAGGCCUCAGUUCCUCUCCACCUAGGCCUCUCCACAGGGCUGCCUGAGCAUCUUCCCAGCAUGACGACUGGCGUCCGCUAGGACAGCAUCCAGGAGACCAAAGCAGAAGCUGCGGUGCUUUCUGGGACCUGGCCCUGGAAGUCACUCCUGCACCCACCCCCGCUGUCUCCUAUGCUGUAUUCUGCUGGUCACACAGAGCACUGUCCUGAGGGUGCCUCAGGAAGAAGGGAGGCGCGUCCUGCCUCCCGGCUGCCCUGUUGCUGUCGGAGUCACAGGAUGUCGGCCCUUGUCCUACCCGCCGCCGGUGCUUCGUCUUCCCCAUUCUCAGCCUCUCAGCAAAAAGGACACACAGAAGGCCGAGGGCUGGUUAAUGAGCUCCUGACAAGCUGGCUACAGGGGUUGGUGACCUUCGAGGAUGUGGCUGUGGAGUUCACCCAGGAGGAGUGGGCGUUGCUGGACCCUGCCCAAAGGACACUGUACAAGGAUGUAAUGCUGGAGAACUGCAGGAACCUGGCCUCCCUGGGUUGUCAUGUUAAUAAACCCAGACUGAUAUCUCAGUUGGAACAAGACAAGAAGGUAAUGACAGAGGAAAGAGGAAUUCUACCAAGCACCUGUCCAGAUUUGGAGACUCUACUUAAAGCCAAAUGGUUAACUCCUAAGAAGCAUGUUUUCAAAAAAGAACAGUCUAAACGUGUAAAAACAGAAAGAAGUCAUCGUGGAGUGAAGCUCAAUGAAUGCAAUCAGUGUUUUAAAGUCUUCAGCACAAAAUCUAACCUAACUCAGCACAAGAGAAUACAUACUGGAGAAAAACCCUAUGACUGUAAUCAAUGUGGAAAGUCUUUCAGCAGUAGAUCUUACCUAACUAUUCAUAAGAGAAUCCAUAAUGGGGAGAAGCCCUAUGAAUGCAAUCACUGUGGGAAAGCAUUUAGUGAUCCCUCAUCCCUUAGACUGCAUGUACGAAUUCACACUGGAGAAAAACCCUACGAAUGUAACCAGUGUUUUCACGUCUUCCGCACUAGUUGUAACCUCAAAAGCCACAAGAGAAUUCACACAGGGGAGAACCACCAUGAAUGUAAUCAGUGUGGAAAAGCUUUCAGCACAAGGUCCUCCCUCACUGGGCACAAUAGCAUUCAUACAGGAGAGAAACCUUAUGAAUGUCACGAUUGUGGAAAAACCUUCAGGAAGAGCUCUUAUCUGACACAGCACGUAAGAACUCAUACCGGAGAAAAGCCCUAUGAAUGUAAUGAGUGUGGGAAAUCCUUCAGCAGUAGCUUUUCUCUUACUGUGCACAAGAGGAUACAUACAGGGGAGAAACCCUAUGAGUGCAAUGACUGUGGAAAAGCCUUUAAUAAUCUCUCAGCUGUGAAGAAGCACUUAAGAACUCACACUGGAGAAAAACCCUAUGAAUGUAAUCAUUGUGGGAAAUCCUUCACUAGUAACUCCUACCUUUCUGUGCACAAGAGAAUACAUAAUAGGUGGAUAUGAAUUACUGCAGGAACUUCUGGGGGAAAGCACUCAUUGAUCUUUCAUCCUUUAGAUAUUUUGAGAGAGCUCACACUGGAUGUUUGUUAUUUGUUACAGCGUAACAAAUGAUCCCCCAAAACUUGGUGGCUUCAAACACCAAACAUUUAUUAUCUCACAAUUUGUACAGGUCAGGAAUUGAAGAACAGCUUAUCUCUGUAGUUGCACUGCAGGAUCUUUCAUGUGCUUAUGUGCAGUCAAGAUGUCAGCCAAAGCUGUGGUCAUCUAACAUCUUUACUGAUGAAUAGUCCACUUCCAAGAUGACCCAUUCACAUGCCUAGAAAGUUGGUGUUGGUUGUUGUCAGGGGACCUUCGAUCAUUAACAUGUAGGCCUCUUUACAAGACUGAGUUCCUUUAUGAUUUGGCAGUAAGUUCUCCCCAAGGUUAGUGGGCCAAGAGAGGACCAGUACAGAGACCAAAAUGGUUUUUAUGAUCUAUCCUCAGGAGGACUGUUAAGCUCUCACUUAUUUCCUAUUGUAUCAGUCUCACAACACACCAAUCUUGAUACAAUGUGGUAGACUACAGAAGGUAUGAAUGCCAGGAAACAGAUCACUCAGAAACAUCUGGGAAAUUUGCCAUGGAAUUAAUGAAGAAAAGCCCUUAGCACAUCACCCUUUUAAUCUAAUGAAUAUGAAAUAACAUUCAGUAACUCCCAUUAAUUCACUCUGAAGAGAGAAACCUUUUGAGUACAGUCUGUGUGGUAAAGCUCUCAGCUCGAACUCUCACCCUGAUGGGCCCAGAAGAUGAUGUACUGAGAGAAUCCUGAAGGAUGGAACAGCUGUAGGAAAGCCUUCCGUGAUAUCAGGGAUUCAUGUGACAGCUCACAGUAAGGGAGAAAGUCUGCAAAUGUAUCAUCAGAAUGCAGAAGCCUUCAGGGACAGUCAUCCCAUAAGACACACUGGAAAUCACACAUGGAACAACACUCAAAUGUGGAAUACCGUACAGCAAAAGUGUUCACGUUACUGAGCAAAACACAGUGUGGUCUUCUUCAGUGACCAUGGGAAAGCCUUGAAUGUUCUCUCAGUUUCUAAGGGACUUGAGAAUUAAUUCUGGAGAGAAUGCCCGAUUGAACAUCAACAUUGGAGAGCUUUCCGUUUUUCCACAUUAGUUAGGAAACUUGUGAGCGUUCACACUGUAGAGAAACUUGCAAAUAUGAAGAAUAAGAGAAAGCCUUCAGUGAUGCCUCUAUGUUAGGGAAAAUAUGGAACUUCUCCCUGGAUGCAAAACCUAUGAGUAUAUUAAUAUUGGAAAAUUUUUCAGUGAUUCUUCUCUUUCUUGUAUAUGAGAGAACUUAUUUGGAGAAACCCCUAGGAAUGUAAUCAGUGUUAGGAUGCCUCAGCCUCAACUCCAUUGAGUGGCCACAGUUUUUACUGGGAACAAAAAGUAUGAUAACUGUUUUAUUUUCUCUCUAUCCUAGUAUGGCAAAUACUGUUGGCUUCUUUCUCAGUGUCAAUUCUCUUCUGUGUAUUUGCUUAAAGAAAGUAACAUGUUCAAGUUUAUCAGUGUCUCAUCUAUAGAUUGGACCGCUAGCUCAUUAAUUUUUUAGUCUUCCUCCCCCAGGGAAAAUUAAUUGGAAGUCUUUCUUUUAAUAUAAACAUUUGUGUAUAGCUGUUCCCAAAAUAAAC